CUCACCAUCACAUUCCUGGUCGUGGUAAACUAGGUCGUGGGUCGGCUCGUCUAGGAUCCCCCCUUCGAAAUUAUCUGACAUGGAAGACAGUUCUCGUCGACCGUGUUAGACAAUUUCUUAGGGGCUCUUUUCUAUCGCUCUCCCUAAUACUGAUAGUACGGAGGGAUCCUCUCCUCAUACAGUUAGUGCAGUGAAACAUAAACCUUCUGCAAGACCGCCACUUUAUAUAUAAAGAACAGACUCCCCCACGUUCCCUAACACCCAGCUGCUCCUUAAACGUUUCAUCGUCCUCCUUAACCUUAACCCUGAUCUGUUCUUCCUCCGAUCAUCCGGUCGAUCAAAGAGAUGAGCCUCGCCCGCCACCGUCAGGCCCUCCUCGGCCUCUCCGUGUGCUUCCUCGUCCUGCCGACAUUGGCCUUCGGCGAGUGCACCUGCGACGAGGAGAGCCUCGACCGGGACAAGACCACAGCCCUCAGGUACAAGAUCGGGGCCAUCGCCUCCAUCCUCGUGGCGGGCGCGCUCGGCGUCUGCCUCCCCAUGCUCGGGAAGGUGGUUCCCGCCCUCCGACCCGACAGGGACUUCUUCUUCGUCGUGAAGGCGUUCGCGGCGGGGGUGAUCCUUUCCACGGGGUUCAUUCACGUCUUCCCGGACGCGUACGAGAGCCUCACCUCGCCCUGCCUCACCGGCGAGGCGUGGGGAAGCUUCCCGUUCGCGGGGUUCGUGGCCAUGGUGGCGGCGAUCGGGACGCUGCAGAUUGACAUGCUAGCAACGUCGUACUACACGAGGAGGCACUUCAACAAGGCCAGCCCGGAGGGAGAGCCCAGUAGCGAGGACAAGGAGGCCGGUGGGAGCCAUGCAGAGCACGUCCACCUCCACACGCACGCCAACCACGGCCACUCUCACGGCCCUGCUCCACCGGACGACUCCGCAUUCUCGGCGGAACUUCUCCGGCACAAAGUCAUAUCGCAGGUGUUGGAGGUGGGGAUCGUGGUGCACUCGGUGAUAAUAGGCAUCUCGCUCGGGGCCUCGGAGAGUCCAAAGACCAUUAGGCCACUCUUGGCUGCCCUGACCUUUCACCAGUUCUUUGAGGGCAUGGGCCUCGGCGGCUGCAUCACUCAGGCAAAGUUUACGUCCCGGGCAGUGGUUGUCAUGGCGGUGUUCUUCUCUCUCACAACCCCAAUCGGGAUCGCCAUCGGGAUCGGCAUAUCCAACACGUACAAUGAGAACAGCCCGACAGCGCUGAUCAUCGAGGGGAUCUUCAAUGCUGCUUCAGCGGGUAUCCUAAUCUACAUGGCACUAGUGGACCUGUGCGCGGCCGAUUUCAUGAGCCCGAGGAUGCAGAAGAACGGUAGGCUGCAGCUGUGGGCCAACGUUUCUCUCCUUAUGGGGGCGGGCUGCAUGUCCCUCCUGGCCAAAUGGGCCUGACAUUGGGCAUAUAAUAUCGCCGUGAAAAUUUUGCUAAAAUAAAUGAUCUGCACAGUAUUCAGAUUAGGCAUAUAUUCCCACCGGAAAAAAAAAAAGAUUAGGCAUAUAUGGCUGUGAAAAUAUAUUAUAUUUACAUUCAUUCAGAUUCUCGCAUUUAUUCUCUUUUUUUUUCUUGGUGUGCUUAAUAUAUGUCUCUUAUUGUUUUUUCCUCUGAGUGGAUGGACUGGUUCUCCUUGUGUUUUGUUAAAAAGAAGACAAAAUAUAGUCAAAUAAUUGUUUCA